UACAUACUCUGCGGCUGUUCUUUCUAAUGUCAGUCUCGUCAGUCCCUAAUGACAUGACACGGUACCGAGUGUUCUCCGUUUUCGAUCAUGUGCUUCUUCUCGAUUAACGAACCAUAUGAUAUUUAACGUGUUACAAGACCGGACUUUCGUUUCUCACAUCGACGAAACGGUGCCGUAAGAUGUACUUAACUCGUUUAAGUAAAUAGGAUGAGAGUAACGCAAUAAUUUUACCCAUCAUGGAUUACCGUUUAUUUAUUGUUUAAUUUUAUCGAAAUCUCAAGAGACCAGUUUUGGAAACAGUACAAUGGCUUCAGCUAUGGAGCAGCAACAGCAGCAGAAACAGCAGCAACAGCAACAGAGGACUACCUUGGAGUUCUACCAGGCGAUGGCAGAUUUCAAGAACAUGUUCCCGCAAAUGGACGACGACGUGAUCGAGGCUGUGCUGAGGUCGAAUCAAGGAGCGGUGGACACGACGAUCGACCAGCUACUGACCAUGAGCACUGACAACGAGAACGAGAAGAUACGGAGCGAGAUAGAGCAGAAUGAAAAGUCACCAGGCACCUCGAAGACCUCGCAGAAAACGCUGCCGAAUUCGAACGUGUCCAUGAAAUCUAUACGCAAGUGGCAGCCAGCUUUUUUGGGACCGUUGCCAGACACGUUCCUUAGACUGCCACAACAAGUGACCGAAGACGGCUUGGAGACGUCGUACUUGCAGGACAGUUCGUUAUUGGAGGACGAACGGAUCGCUAUGUUCCUCCAGAACGAGGAGUUCAUGGCCGAGCUACGCUGGAACGAGGAUUUCUUGUCGACUUUAGAAAACGAUACGAAGAUUCAGGCAAACGAGAAGUGCACCGGGCAGAACAGCAACGACGACGAAGAUCUGUUCAAAGAAAGACUUAAAAACAUGGGCAAAGUGUCCCGACGUAAGUUCGCACAACUUACCAAAGUAUUCACGCGGAGCAAAAAACGCGGAGGUAGACAAUUGCUACCACCGACGGCUUCUUGCGACGAUCUAUUGGAUCCCGAAGAAUCGUCCAGAUUUCAGUCUUAGGAACCUGCAGCGGUUUUACUUGUUUUAAUUUAAAUGGAAGGAUACUUGCAGUAAUUCAUUGUCCAGAAGGUAAAGAAACAAGCAUAUCUGCAUUAAUUGUUGAGUGGAAAAUUAAUUUAGACCGAAAUAGCACUGGCGCGAAUCGUUUGAUUAGGCAUCAAUUAGCAGGGUUCACGUACGGCGUUGAUUAACGUCUCUUGGCACGUUGUUAAAUCGUCGGGGCAACCGGCUCGAGGGUUUUAAGAUCAAAAGCUAAACUAUAAGUAUAUACCCUUAGCUAUUACAUUCGAAAGAUGCAGAACGAUAGAGUAUUUCGUAUUUUAAUAAGGUAUCACCAAUAAGUAAAUGCUCUACAUAGUAAACAGUACAAUAUACUACAUAGUAACAGUACAAUAAUUGCGACGGUCAUACUGUUAAACCAAGUGUCUGUCAAAUUUAAACAAAUAUCUUUCCUCGUAAAUCUGAUUUCUCGAUCUUGAAGCAAUGAUAUUUGAAUCUCAUUUUAAGUCAAUGGUUUUUCAUAGUCUAUAUUUAUUUGGGGCGAGGUAUUUGCUAUCACAAAUAAUUGUUGUUGUUGAAGCAUAGAGUAAACGAUAUUUGUAGGUACCAAUGGAUCUAAGACAAAAUUAACAUUCGACUGAUUUAAAUGCUUUCGUAUUUAUAAAAUGCGUUCUCCGAAAUGUGCUUAGAGUCAUAAGUGUAAUAAAUUCUAGUCUGUUCGUCUAGCCAUCAAUUAUUUGAUAGAAAAUAACGUUGACGUAGUGGACUGUUAUACGUAUAAAUGAUUACGUAUAACACGUGCCAGAGGCACGGGAACGAACUUAAAGGAGUACCAAGCUGUAAAUGCACGGGAAACUUAAUCGCAUAGUUUUUUGGUGUCUCUUCACUGAAUCAAACUCGGUUCCAGUCCGUUAAUUGUACUUUUAUUUUCACAUUAUUGUAAUGUAUAUAUUAUAUAAUACAGGUUACAAAAAGGA